AUGCUGCAAAGGAAUAUGGCAAGCAUGGACGCCACCAUGCGAUCGUUGCUACGUGAUCGCUUGCAAACUUCAAUCGAUGGCGUCAAUCGUACGGCAGAAUGCUCUCGUAGCGUAGCAAACACUCAAUCGCUUCUCCGGUCCAGAGCAGGUGUGCUGGCCUUGAUCUGCUGGCUCGCCGCUUACUCAUGCUCUUCGCUUCCACCACACAAGCGUCCAACUACAUCCAAAAAGACGCUAUUAGACACAUAUUCGCCAAGCCCGUCAGAUCCCACAAGGCCUACCCUUGAUUUAGCCACACAGCGGACCAAGGUCAGACCCACCGCACAGAGCAUCUCGAGUGUCUCCCGCAAAGCAGCUGUGCUCAGAAGCGUCCACACCUCAGCCCGGCCGAGAACAAGCCAUCGUCUACCUACCACCUCUGUUCCGCAAAAUGCUGCCACCAAUCUUCUAGUCGAUGAGCUCCGAAGCUCUGCAGGGCGGUCAUCUCUCAGCUCAUUGUCACAUCCCGAACCAAGGUCAAAUACUUGGCUCGCCCGUCUCUCCAGCACCUUGUCCUCCUUGUUGAGAGCUUCAGAACAUCAGACGGAGCACAGACAAUCUCAUGCAGAUGCAGGACCCCACGGACGACAUCAAACACGCGGUGCUGAUCGGAUCCACAAUGUGAUGCAGGAUCCACAGAUCUACGACAACAUUGUAGUCCCGCGCCAUCCUAUCGUGCUCUGCCAUGGGCUUUACGGCUUCGACGUUCGUGGGCCAUUCCUCGGCCUCGAGAUCCAUUACUGGGCCAAAACUUUGGACAUCUUGCGCAAAAAGAUUGGCGCCGAAGUUCUUGUCCAUGGUGUGCCUCCCACUGGCUCUAUCCAGGAGCGCGCCGAGUCGCUGCACAAAUUCCUCAUCAGCGACGAAGCAGGUGUUCGCGGCAAGAAGCUCAACUUUGUCGCUCAUAGCAUGGGCGGGCUUGAUGUUAGGCAUCUUCUGACCCACAUCCGACCUAAACCUGAUCAGUACACCCCAGUCAGCUUGACCACCAUCAGCACACCCCAUCGCGGUAGUCCCUUCAUGGACUGGUGCAAUGCCAACAUCGGUGUCGGCAACGACUACAUCGAAAAGGCCAUCGAAGAUGCACGAGCUGAAAGGGCGCAUCUUGCCGAUCGGGAACCACAACCCGCCCGCACAAGCAAGGUGCCCUACACCCUUAAGAGUCCGCUCUUCACCCGACCCAAGCCCUUGGAAGGUUCGGGCAGCUUGCCCAAGAAGUCUGGCAGGAGCGGUAAGCCAGAAGAGCCAGCUCAAGCGGCCAAAAGCGAGAUCACCGCCGAGUCGCUUUUCACAGCCGCUUCUGAUGCCGUCGAAUCGUUCAAGUCUUCGGCAAGCGGCAACUCGAACUACGACCUCUCUGACAAGGUGAAAGAGGCAGUCAAGAAAGGCAAGAAAGACGAUGGCUCCCUUCCGUUCGGUCUCUCGUCCUUCAUUGGUUCCCUCGCCACCCUCACCGGAUCUUUCAGCUCGUACAUGCUUUCAUUGCUCGACACGCCAGCAUAUGCCAUGCUCUCGACCAAGUACAUGAACGAGGUCUUCAAUCCGAAGACCCCUAAUGUUGACCGAGUCAAAUACUAUAGCGUCGCUUCUCGUACUCCGAGUCUCGCUAUCUGGCAUCCGCUUUGGCUUCCCAAGCUUAUCCUUGAUGCCGCUGCUGAGUCCCGGACGGCCGAAGGACAGAGUGAUGGUAGUGCCGAUGCUCUCGGAGGUGCCGAUCAGGGCAAUGAUGGGCUUGUCAGCGUCGAGAGCGCAAAGUGGGGCGAGUUCCUCGGUGUAAUGGAAGGAUGCGAUCACUGGGAUCUUCGGGGCGGAGGAGCUCCGAGGUGGAGGCAGAACAUCAAUCCUUCCACUGGCAGACCUUAUCCGACCAAAGCAGCGCAAGAGUCCGACAAGCGGUCUACGUCAGAGAGCGAGAGCGAGAGUGACAAGUCGAGCUGGAUCGACAUCAACAGGCUUCUCUUCUCCAAGUCCAAGGUCAAGUAUGGUACGGAUGACUCUGACAAGUCAGCUUCCUCCUCAACUGCAGCAUCCGUCGAGCAGCCCAAGACUGCCUCCCGAUCCUUCGAGGAGCUAGCUGAAUCUGAAGGUUGGAACGGCGUCUCGCUUCGCGACCCUGAUUCGGUCGAUGAAUCCGAAAAUGCCAUUCAGACCAGACAGCAAGAGGAUGGGGAGCAUGACGAGCAUUCGGCCCUCUCGUCUUUCCAUCCUCAGCAUCUAGACGACACGCUCGUGCAAGAAAUUGCUAGUUGGAUCUCGGAUCGCCUACCCUCAGGCAAUCCCGAACGUCGUGUCAUUGCGCAGAGACGAGACAAGUUGAUCGAAGAGACCGGCCUCACGCUUUAUGCUCCACAGCAGACUGAUGUUGGUACUGUCAAGUCCAGCAACACGACAGAUGAGGUUGCUGGAAUUGCAGGUAUCGCAUCGCUUGCUGGCUUCGGAAGCGCCUCUGCCACGCAACCUGCUUCGCCAGGCUCACAUGCAGAACCCUUCUCCACACAGCAAGUAGCUGCACCUGCCUCAGCUUCACCAGCGACAGCAGACGCAGAUAUCGAACAGAAAACAGCACAACAGGACAAGACCACAAAGUCAAAGCCGAAAGAGUUUUCCGACCUUGAACGAUUCUGGAUCGCUCUUUGUAGGCAUUUGCAUAACGAAGGACAUUAG